ACUUUUUCUUAAAGAAAUAUAAAAUCCUUGUCUUUCUCUCUCUUAAGCACAGGCAGCUAUAGGCCUAUGGCCAUCUCCACCACUCCAUACACAACAACAACAUAGAAGCAUACCCAAAAAAGAAAAAGAAAAAAAGAAUGGGUGUUGCAUAGCGAGCUGCGAGAAUCUAUCUGCUCCUGUUGCCGCUAGUGGUCUUGAGCGUUGAAUGAUUCACUUUCAGGAACAGAAAAGCCCUUGACGCUAGCCAUCGUCGCUUUUAUUGAUAGAAAAAAGAAUACAACAUAUAUUUAUUUUUCCCACUACCUUUUUCCUUCACCACCCUUUUUCUUCUCCCUGAAUUACCCGGAUUUGGUUCCGCAUAGAUCUGAGCAAAAUUUUCCUGCUUCUCCUUCUCUCUGUGCUUCCCCGCACGUGCCUACAGUUGCAACAAUGGAGUCAGAUCUCGAGCAGCAGCCGCAGGUGAAUUCCUCGGGUUUAACUCGGUACCGAUCGGCGCCGAGUUCGUAUUUCUCUAACAUCAUUGACCGCGAGUUCUACGAGCACGUCUUCAACCGUCCCUCGAGUCCCGAAACGGAGCGAGUGUUCUCACGCUUCGUUAACAGCUUAAACAGUGAAGAAGAAGAUUCGCUCCACCACAAGCUCUCAACUGAUUCUUCUUCUUCUGCUGCGGUUAAGGAAGAGGUUAACCAACAAGACCAGGGUAUCAACGAGGAACACGUGGCGGUGGCUGCGCUACAGCAGAGUAAUAACAACAUCAAUAAUUACAACAACAACAACAACAACAACUACUCUGCUUCUCAUAAUUUCUACCAAAGCUCCUCCUCCAAACCUCCCUUGCCGAACCAGAACCCGAACCUUCCCUCAGCUAUGGAGCAAGGAUCGUUUUCAAUGGGACUCAGGCAUAGUGGAAAUAAUUCUAACCUUACCAGGCAUAGUAGCUCUCCCGCAGGACUAUUUUCCCAAAUUAACAUUGAAAAUGUGUAUGCUGGUGUGAGAGGCAUGGGGAGUUUGGGAGCUGUUAACAACAGUAUCGAAGAUGCGAAAUUUUCUAGUUCGAGGAGGUUGAAGAAUCAACCGAACUAUUCUUCGUCGGGGAGAAUGUCGUCCAUUGCUGAAAUUGGGGACAAAGGGUAUAGAGAAAGUAGUCCAGACAGUGAAGCUUUUGCUGAUGGUAACGAUUUUAUGGCCGGUUACCAAGUUGGUCAUUGGGAUGAUACUGCAAUGAUGUCUGACAACGUUGGUGGUCUCAAAAGAUUUAGUGAAGAAGAUUCAAAACCAUUUUCUGGCUUAAAUGCGGUUGAGACUCAGAAUGAAACGGGACAGACUCAUGCUCCUUUGGCCCAUCAGUUGAGUUUGCCAAAUACUUCAGCUGAAAUGGCUGCCAUUGAGAAGUUUCUGCAGUUUUCAGAUUCUGUUCCGUGCAAAAUCCGUGCCAAACGGGGCUGUGCCACUCACCCAAGAAGCAUUGCAGAGAGGGUUAGAAGAACUAAAAUUAGUGAGCGUAUGAGGAAACUUCAGGAUCUUGUCCCAAACAUGGACAAGCAAACUAACACAGCUGAUAUGUUGGACUUGGCUGUGGAUUACAUCAAAGACCUUCAAAAGCAAGUUCAGACACUUUCAGAUUGUCAUGCAAAGUGUACGUGUUCACACGAGAAGCAACAAUAACGGAAAAAAAGGGAGAUUGGUCGACUUAGCUUGUGUUUCUAUAUCCCGUUGAAAUUGAAAAGCUUGAGUUCAAUGCUCCAGAAGCAACCAAUCAAUUCUUGCUAUUGGGAAAACGUGUGUUUAGGACUUUUCCCAUACACUUAGUCUCUGUACAGAUUAGUAAUAAUUUGAUUGCGAAGCUAGAGUCUAGAUUGAUUUUUCUCUAUUUCUGUACUUACAAAGAUAUAUUUAAAUUAUUUGGCCAUUCGUGUAUCGAAAAUAAAGAUUAAAAAAAAGUAUAUAUAAAUUUAUGUAGCUGUAGGGUGCCGGUGUGCAGGUGCAACUUCUUCAACGGUUGUGAAGGCGGGGGAGAAUAAUUGCUUAUAAAAGUUGACUUUUGAUGCCGCAUGUCAUGUCUGUAUAAAAGUUUGUGUUGUGAGUUUAAUCCGUAAGCUUCGAGGACCCCAUUUUAGGGGUCACAAAAUCCAAAAUCUAUCGGUAUUGCAGUAACGUACGGGUUUGGUUUCAAAAGGAGAAUUGCAUAGCAACACGGGGGGCCCUAGACCGACAUACAUGGUUUCGUUAGUGAUCCAAAGUGAAACUGUGAGUGAGGUUUUACCGUUUACCUCACCCUCUUUUUCCACUUCCAGAUGUGUUCGAAAAAGCCAAUUUGGUGGUUGUCAUAUCCAUUUUUGGGGCUCAUUAUCUCAAACCAUUUAUGAACGGUGGCUCUGCAUUGUUAUGAUGAUUUGUUUGGAUGCUAUUGCUAUUUAUCACCAAUUUGGAUUCGAA